AAGUGAUCUAGCGGGGUACGCGAGAUGUGUAGUCAGUCCACAGUACCGACAAGAGAUCGCAAGUGCCUAGAGCAACAUGUUUAAACUGAUCCUUCUUCUCGCGACCGUCGCCUAUGUGUCCGCCGGUGGUCUCUACUCCGGUUACGGAGGAAUCUACGGCUACGGUAGCGGUUACGGCUAUGGUGGCGGCUACGGCUUAGGUCAUGGAGUAGCGGCGAUCGCACCUGCGCUCACAUACGCGCACGCUCCAGUUGCAACGAGUUACGCCAAUACGUACAAGGUCGCGGUUGCUCCAACUGUCACUAAGCUUGCCGUUGCACCCGCCAUCACCAAAUUCGCCGCACCUGCCAUCACAAAGGUAGCUUACGCUCCAACUUACGCAUCACCAGCGGUGAGCUACGGUCAUUACGGAUACACGGUACCACCAUCGGUCACCUAUCUGCAAAAUAGUCUCGGAUACGGUCAUGGUCUUGGAUAUGGUCUUGGUUACGGUUACGGUGGACUCGGUUAUGGCCAUGGUUACGGAUACGGUGGAUACUAUCAUUGAUAUCAGGACUAUCGAAACAGAGUCUUCGAGAGUAAUCUUAGUCGAUAAGUAAUGGCUGACAUCACACGCGCUGGCGUAUCGCCGCAAACUUUAUCAUCGGCUAUGUAUACAAUAUACGUUUUCAUCUUUUACAUUGUCUUGAUUUCU